AUGUCCCCAACACGGGCAGUACCAAAUAUGAUGCCCGACUACGAGGUUCGGCUCCUGCUCAACCCAACUGCAGUCCUCAGCCCUGAACACGAGGUAACGGCUACCGUCCUAUCGACCUUCGAGAUGCCCCCGACUGUCACAAAACUGAAUGUCCAAUUCCUCGAUAAGAGCUCCAAGGAACUCUAUGCCGCCGACUGGAGCGCCCGUAUCCGUAAGAUCGAAAACGAGGAUAACUUCGAGCUGACGUAUAAGAAGCGGUAUGCCGUCACAGGCGGCGAUAUUGAAGCUGCUCUCCUUGUGGCUAACAACGAUGGCUUCAACGCUGGCAACGCAAAAUACGAGGCGCAAGUCGAAUGGGGUUACCAGAAGCAGACACUUUCUGUUAGCCGCAAAAAAACGGUAGCGGACUCUGGGAAAACCGGAAUGGAUCUGCCAGGAACAAGCAACUCCCGUAAAAUGCUGAUCGAUAAUGCGCCGAACAAGUUCGAUAAUUGGAGGUCCAACAAAUGGGGUACUGACACGUUAGCAGUAUCGCGCAUCUUUGGCCCCAUCCUCGUGAGGCGCUCUGCUGGCUCGUGGAACGAGAUGCCCCUAUACCUGGAGAUCUGGCCCCUCCUGGACCUCCAGGGUACGGGAAUUGAGUACAUGGUUGAGGUUUCUUUCAAAACAAAGAACCACAAGACAGCCUUAACCGAGAAGACCAAUUUAACCGCUUACUUGCAGAGCAAGGGUUGGUUUCUCGCAAAGGACUCACUAAAGGCAUCGGUUAUUAUGGAGCGCUACUGA